AUGAUCUUUGCUUCUGCCCUUGUCUCCCUGCUGCUCGCCAGCUCCGCUCUCGGCCGCCCCAGCAUCGUGAGCCGCCAGGCCCGCCGCCGGAUGUCUGGCCCACGUCUUCCUUCUCAAGGCCCCGCUGCGGCGAACCUGAUCACCAACACGACGGUCUCGCACGUGGCGUACAGCCAGAACUGGGCCGGCGCGAGUCUCGAGAGCCCGGCUGGCACGUACACUUCCGUCAAAGGCACCUUCACCGUCCCGACCCCCAAGUCCCGCGGAUCCGGCAGCCACGCAGCGGCGGCCUGGGUCGGAAUCGACGGCGACACCUGCGCGACCGGCAUCAUGCAGACCGGGAUCGACUUUACCAUCGACAACGGCCGCACUUCGUAUGACGGCAAGUUGAUUGGGCACUUCCUGUCUCUGACCCCGAGACUGACUCCCUCCCUUCUCUCUCUGCAGCUUGGCACUGUCUCCAUCACCAACGAGUCCACCGGCCGCAGCGUCCAUAAGUCGCUCUCCGGUUCCCACAGACUCUGCGGCGAGAACGCCGAGUGGAUCGUCGAGGACUUUGAAGAGGGCAACUCGCUGGUGCCGUUCGCCGACUUUGGCACGGUCACCUUCACUAAUGCAAAGGCCACCCUCGCUUCGGGCGGAACCGUCGGACCCAGCGGCGCGCAGCUGCUUGACAUUGAGCAGAACAGCGUCCUCACCUCCGUCAGCGCGUCCAGCGACUCGGUCACCAUCCGCUAUGUUUGA